AUGUUUGGUCGCAUGUUUGGUCCCUUUCGCGCCACGAUGCCUGCUUUGGGUGGUCUUCUUUGGAAGAACCCUCAUACCAUGUCGAAAUUUCAAAAGUCCCGACACAGACUACGCAUGAGAACAGUUGAUGCAGUUCUUGAGAACCUACAAAAGGGUUUGGAUGCUGUAAACCAACGCUGUUUGACACUCCAGAAAAUGAUUUCUAAUACACCAAAGGAAAGCGACAUGUUGCCAAGAGACAAGUACUGGAUCUUUAACAAAAAGUCUAAGGGAUACCGCAAGUCUGCGCACCGUCAAAGCAAGUGGACCAGAAUAACAAACCGUGUCCCUCCAGAGCACUUUUAA